AUGUUCACGAGCUCCACCAUGCGAUACACUGAGGCCAUCUUGCUGUGCCCGGACUGGCCAGUAUUGUUCAUCAACAGGGCGCUGUGCCAGAAGCAGAGGGGAGAUUGGAAAGCGGUGGAGAUAGACAGCAGGAAGGCUCUAGAAUUGCAGCCCAGGGUCAUGAAGGCGCUGGAACUCGCCAGGGAGCAGGGAGAUUUAAUACGUGACCAGAUAUGGAGAGAGCUGGCGAAAGUCAAGUAUGCAAAUUGGGAGAUUGAGUCAGCCACCAGGAGAGCAGAGCAGAAAAUGCUGCAGGAGCGCCUGAGUGCUCUGUUGGAACAGGAUCACCGCUCGGCACUUUCUCAGGCGGGAGACCAGAGGGUGGAGGUGCAACAGCGGCAUGACCAUGAACUUGCUGCACUGAAGCGCCUCUUUGAGCUGGGGGCAAAGAGCUACAAGGAGUACGAGCCAGACAACGCGUACACCUGCCGAUUGACAAUGGAGGUCGGGAAAUUUGAUCCUGUCACAAGGAAGGCCAUGAAUAACGCGGAUGCCAUUCCCAAUCUGGCGUUGCGAGCAGCGACGGAGCACUACCUUGAUGACAACCCAUGGGCCUGGAAAGAUGUGUGCUGA